GCUCUCUCCUCAUCCUUACUACACAUCUCCCUAUCUUGGAAAAGCAAAGAUGUCAUUCUCUUGUCCCAGUAAGCUUUCCUCAAUGCUUCUGUUAGUUUCGUUACUUGGUUAUCUAAUAGGAUCCUCAGAAGGUGGCAAUUUCUUCCAAGAUUUUGACAUCACCUGGGGCGAUCAACGUGCUAAGAUUCUAAAUGGUGGCCAACUUCUCACACUAUCUCUUGACACUGCUUCUGGUUCUGGCUUCCAAUCCAAGAAUGAAUACUUAUUUGGCCGAAUCGACAUGCAAAUCAAGCUACUACCAGGCAACUCGGCUGGUACUGUCACUACAUACUAUCUAUCGUCUCAGGGGCCGACACAUGAUGAGAUCGACUUUGAGUUUUUGGAAAAUGCAACUGGAGAGCCAUAUGUUCUCCAUACCAAUGUGUUCUCCCAGGGGAAAGGCGACAGAGAACAACAAUUCUAUCUCUGGUUUGAUCCCAGUAAGGCUUUUCACACCUACUCCAUUGUGUGGAACAAACAACUCAUUAUUUUCUUAGUGGACAACAUCCCAAUAAGAGUGUUCCAAAACCUGGAAUCAAUUGGUGUGGCAUUCCCGAACAAGCAAGCCAUGAGGAUAUAUUCAAGUCUUUGGAAUGCUGAUGACUGGGCAACAAGAGGGGGGCUUGUAAAGACUGAUUGGACACAAGCUCCUUUCAUUGCUUCUUACAGAAAUUUCAAAGCCAAUGCUUGUGUUUGGUCACCUGGAUCACCUUGUACCUCCACCUCUCCCAAUUCUGUGCAAGACAACGCCUGGCAAGUUCAAGCACUUGAUGCCCCGGGGCGCAACAGACUUCGAUGGGUGCAGCAGAAGUGCAUGAUUUACAACUACUGCACUGACUUGAAACGGUUCCCUCAGGGUCUCCCACCUGAAUGCAAGUGAUCAAGAUGCCGUUGAAGAAACUAGACAUUAAGCAUCCAUUGGUUCAUUUUUUAGCAAGU